AAUCUACGUUGGUUUGUUAUAUAUAGAUCGUUGCUUGUACAACGAGCUUCGGUAUAGCGCGCCGUGUGACCCGGAUGCAGUUCUAGCGAGCAGGUUAGCCUAACCUAGCAUAACAGAGUUAGCUUAGCAUAGUGAGUGUUAAAAGCGGCUGUUUGUUGACAUUGUGUUUGUGCUGCAUCUGAGGCGGGCAGGUCGGACACAUGGACAUAAUAAAGACAUAAAGUGGCCACUUGCGGUGUUUUUAUUGUAACACGAUAAUAAAACGCUUCGAUGUAGCUGAAGAGAGAGAGACAGGUGUGAAGAUGCUGCUGCCUGUAGCGAUGCUGAUGGUCUCACUCACUCAGAUCUUCAUCAUCACCUUCAUCAGCCUGCUGCCUGUGGAGGCCGACAUCGCAGCAUACUCGGGUGAUAAUCAGACAGAGAGGUUUGAUGAUGCUCCUGCUCGGUUUGGAUACAGAUUGCCCAGCCAGGGCCUGAAGGGUUUCCUGAUUGGUGCACGGCCUGAGAAUGGGUGUGUACCAAUUGAUCCUCCACCAAUCAAAGAGAACUCCAGCAGCGGCUUCAUCGUCCUCAUCAAGCGAUACCACUGCAAUUUCGACAUCAAGGUGCUGAAUGCUCAGAGAGCAGGUUACAUUGCCGCCAUUGUUCACAAUGUAGACUCGGAGGAGCUCGUCAACAUGGGAUCUGAUGACUUGGAGGUGGUGAAGCAGAUCAACAUCCCAUCUGUCUUUGUUGGAGAAAAGGCUUCGAAGUCUUUAAUGGAGGAGUACAGUUAUGAGAGAGGAGGUUAUAUAAUCCUGAUGCCUGAUUUCAGUCUGCCGUUGGAAUAUUACCUGAUCCCGUUCCUCAUCAUUGUGGGAAUCUGUCUUAUUCUCAUUGUGGUCUUUAUGAUCACAAAGUUUGUUCAGGACCGACACCGAGCCCGACGGAGCCGACUGCGCAAGGACCAACUGAAGAAACUUCCUGUCCACAAAUACAAAAAAGGUGAUGUCUAUGAUGUGUGUGCAAUCUGUCUGGAUGAGUAUGAGGAGGGGGAGAAGCUGCGCGUGCUGCCCUGUUCACACGCAUAUCACUGUAAGUGUGUGGACCCAUGGCUAACGAAGACGAAGAGGACGUGCCCGGUGUGUAAGCAGAAGGUGGUUCCGGCCGGUUCGGAAUCGGACUCGGACUCGGACAGCGGGGGAGACGAGAGCGAUGAGGUUUCUGAAAGCACGCCGUUGCUGCGUCCACACCCCCCCGCCCGAAUCCGCACCCCGUCUCUCACCAGCACACACUCCGCCUCCACCGGCCCCCCUGACUGCUCCGACACUGACUCCACUGAGGAAGAGGGGGAGGGGGAUGUGGAGGUGGUCACCGUGGAAACAGUUGUGGUGUUGCAGCAGGAACAACCUGAUGAUGACCUCAUCAAUGCCUAAAGACAAGCCAGUCAGACUGCUAAUUAAUCAGAAGUGACAGUAUAGCUCAUCUACACCACACACACACACUUUGCACGGUUUAUGAUUUUAUCACAAGGCUAGAUCAAUGGUGGUUCGAAUGUCAUCUCUGCGACAGAAACACACACAGCUUUACAUUUAUCCAAAAUAUGGAUGUAACAGACUUUAUCACUACCUAAUAAUUAUGCCUACAUAGGGACCCUCCUCCCAAAUGAAAACUUUUCUGAAGCGCUGACGAUGAUGAAUAUUACUGUGUAUUGUUUAGCUGAGUUUUGGCACACACGUGUCUUCUGUAGCACCUUAUUAUUAACCUCAUUUUCCUUUAUAGGAGUUUUAAUAUAUAUAUAUAUAUUUCUUUUUUUGCCAAAACUGUACCCAGUGUUGCUUUUCUGUGUAAAAUGAAGCCAAACGUUUUGAUUGUGCCACAUUUAAAAUGAUUUGUGUUUUAAUUUGUUUCGGAAAAUGAAAUUGAAAUCCUGAAUAAUGCAUGAUCAGCGCUCACACACUCAGCAGUGUUCAGUUCGUCAGUGUGUAUUUUAGUGUUCUGUCUUUGUAAAUGUUACACACUCGCUGCCUUUCCCAGCUCCACUUGUCCACUUUAUUUUUUCCAUUCAGCUGAAUUUAAUAAAUCAUUUCUGUUGAAGAA